AUGAAUGGGGAGGAAAUGGAGGGGAACCCGGCACAGGAGCAGCAGCAUGCCGGUAACGGCACCCACCUCCCUCCCCCUCCCACCAUCAUGCCGGCCAUCCCCCCCUAUGUGAAGCUGGGUCUGACCAUCGCCUACACCAUCUUCUACUCGCUGCUCUUCGCCUUCGUCUACGCCCAGCUGUGGCUGGUGCUGCGAUACCGACACAAGCGGUUCAGCUACCAGACGGCCUUCCUGUUCCUGUGUCUGCUGUGGGCCGCCCUGCGAGCCCUCCUCUUCUCCUUCUACUUCAGAGACUGUGUGACCGCCAACGCGCUCGGACCCUUCGCCUUCUGGCUGCUCUACUGCUUCCCCGUCUGCCUGCAGUUCUUCACGCUCAGCCUCAUGAACCUCUACUGUGCACAGGUUUACUUUAAGGCAAAGUCCAAGUACUCACCUGCACUGCUGAAGUACAGACUUCCUCUGUACCUGGUCUUCUUGGGCGUCAGUCUCCUCUUCCUGGUGGUUAACCUGGUCUGCGCCCUCCUGGUCAAAAUGACCGCGGCUGACGUCAAGACCAUCGUCCUGGUGAGGGUCACCAUCAACGACAGCCUGUUCGUCCUCUGCGCCGUCUCGCUGUCCGUCUGCCUUUACAAGGUCGCCAAGAUGUCGCUGGCCAACAUCUACCUGGAGUCAAAGGGGACGUCGGUGUGUCAGGUGACUCUGAUUGGCAUCAUGGUGGUGCUGCUGUACGCAUCACGGGCUUGUUACAACCUGGUGGUUCUCGCCCUCACCGACAUCGAGACCAUCAACUCCUUCGACUAUGACUGGUACAACGUCUCAGACCAGGCAGACUUGCGGUCGUCGCUGGGAGACGCCGGUUACAUCGUGUUUGGGGUGAUUCUGUUCGUCUGGGAGCUGCUGCCCACCUCGCUGGUCGUCUUCUUCUUUAGGGUCCGACGGCCACCUCAGGAAAGGAGCACUGCCGGGAUACCAAACCACGUCCUCUCCUCCAGAGGAUAUUUCUUCGACAACCCCCGCCGGUACGACAGUGACGAUGACCUGGCGUGGAGCAUUCCUCCCCAGAAUGCAUCAGCAAGUCUUUCCUCCGACUGCUACGACUGGAGCAGCCGCCACAGCAGCUUCACUGUGCACACCAACAGCGACGAGCAGCGCCUGACCGCCGCCGCUGCCGGAGAGCUCCACCCUUACCCAUAA